AUGGAUUCGCAGUCGGCCACUCUUACAGACUAUAAUGAGACCCUGCGCAAGGUCGGUGGUACUAUCUCUAACAGUCUACAAAAUGCCCUCAGCACCUUUGGGGCCGCCUCCGCACAAUACCAAGUAGUGAUGGAGAUUCUGAAGGACUGCUUGAAGGAGAUCGAAGAGAAGAAGGCGAGCAGUCAAAAUCAGGAACUCGUCGACAGUGACAUGCUGGCUACUGCAAUGGGCUUUUUAACGAUAUAG